AUGGAGCAGAUUCCUGAGGGAUCGGAAGAUCUUCAAGGAGGAAAAACCACUCCUGGAGGCAAAAUUUAUGACAACGGACUUCAAAUGCCUGUGAGUUUUGAAAAGUUGGACUAUAAGCAAUUUCAUGUUGACCAAAAACUGGACCCGAUAUCGGAGGGAAGCUAUCUUGAAGGCCUUUUCAUUCAGCUGCUUAAAAGAGCAAAUUCAGACAUUCUUUUCGAUGCAGUUCUCUCGUUAAGCUGCCAUCAUUUAAGUGAGAACGCAUUUAGCUCCCUUGGCGUUUGCAAGAAUGGUAAAGCUUCAGAUAUCUAUGAACUUAAUCAUUACCUCAAAGAAAGUGCAGCAAAGCACUAUUCUGCUACUAUUUCGAAGCUACUGAGCUCGCUUGAGUCCCCUGAUCAUGAUAUUGUAACUUCGAUUGCUGCAUCAAGUGUCCUACAUAAAGUAGCAAUUUAUGAGGAAACUGAUUUAAAAGAAUCAGCAGUGUUCACCAACGGUAUGAUCAGCAUUUUUGUGGACUUCCUAAUCAGCACCAAUACGUAUUCUAAAGCAGUUAUUUCGGUUGCUAACUUUUUGGUGUUUGCAUAUUGCUCGUUUUAUUUCCCUAGUUAUAAGCCCACAGUGAUAUUGGAGUACUACUCGGUAUUGAAGGAUUUUGAAAGCGCUAUUGCUGGUAUAGAAAAUAGUAGCAUCUUAUAUCAUUUUGAGAAUCUUUCUCGGUUUGCUUAUUCUUUGGUCAUAGCAAUUGAACAAGGGGAACUUGAUCGACCAUUUGCAAUUUUCAGUCUAUUAAGGAAAUGGAUUGCAAUAAUACCGCCCAAAUUGCAUAUUUUAGACAGCAUAAAAGAUCCAUUGGAAAGAUGUCUUUUGUAUUUAUUUAAAACUUUGCUGAAUAUACUUGAUAACGUUUUCCCGAAAGCAAUCUUUUUCUUUUUACAGAAUUUUGAUGGGUUAAAUUCAAUGUUCUGUAAGCAAAACCAAGGAAAAAACCACUCAUGUCCUGACCUUAGGAUUAAAGAAAUCAAUACUUAUUGUAUCAGGGUUUCCUCGUUCUUUGAAAGGCGAUCGAAUUUCCUCGCCAUCUUAUACACUUCGAACAAGAUAUUGAAUAUAUCAGAGCCAAGUUUAUUGGCAGCCAACAUCAACGAAAUUAUGAUCGAAAGAUUCAAAGAGUCAUGUAUCAAGUUUUAUAACUAUUUACACUUUCCAAGGGGAUGUCAAUUAGUUUGCACGAACACUGCGGCCGAGAAUAUUCAAAACACGUUUAACACUGACAUUUUCGAAUACAACAAAGAUCACUAUCACCAUUUUAAAGAUAUGGCAACACAAUAUCGAGCUCUGUUGCCAUUUGCUGAUAAACUUCGUGAUCCUGAACUUUUAUAUGAAGUUUCAAACUUUACUGAUGCAAGCACGGGUGACCUUUUAUUGGAAAAGUCGCAAGCAUUGCAAUCUAGAUUUGAAUUUACACCGUUCUAUUUUUCCUUUCAUAAGUAUACUAUUCAAUCUUACCAGAAUUUGCUAGCCUUCGAUUACCAUUUGCUUUACCAAAAUGGUAGAUUUCCAAGUUUGCAGUCAAGUGAACUUGAUCCAACAACUGGACUUCUCGAUGCGGAUAGAGAUCUCAUGUUAUUAUUCUAUUCUACUGGUAUAAAAGAGAUGCACCAGAAUCUUCAAGCAAGUAUUAUGGAAACCAAAGAUGCCUUGAUAAAAACAUUCGUUGACUAUGAAGAAAUGCGCCGUGUACUCUUCGAUUUACCUGAAUCUUAA